UAGCUGCACAACUUAGUCGAGCACUAAUCGUUUUCAAGGCAUCAUUUCUUUUUUUUUCUUAGUUCUAAAUUUUAGUAUUCUUCUUUUUUUGGGGGGAGAAUUAUGAAAAAUAUACAAAUUUCUAAAGUGCUGUUAAUUUUUUGAAAAUUGUCAUCGAUAACUAUGACGAUAGACUAAAGAUAUAGAUUUUUUUAAACCGGUGUCAUCAUGGUUGAUAAAUUACACGAAUAUCAAGGAUUCACUGGACGAAUUCAUGGCAUACGUGAUAAAGUGAAAGACAAAUGGGACUCGUGGAAAGAAUGGAAAAAUGAAAUUCCAACCGAUAAAGGAGUGGAGGGUGUUUUAAAUCACCUUCGAGGACCACCGAAACUCGAAAGGACUCUCGAUGAUUACUCACAUAUUUAUAGGAGGAAAACAAGAGGUGAAUUAGUUAGAGUAUCGGCGGCAGUGAUGGGCAUUGAAUUUUCCUAUGCAGCCGAGACGGCUUUUGUGUCGCCAACUUUAUUGAAAAUCGGUGUUGAUCAUCAGCACAUGACCUUGGUGUGGGCGUUAAGUCCUCUCGUUGGCUUCUUUGUGACCCCAAUUCUAGGGAGCGUCAGCGAUCGUUGUAAAUUGAAAUACGGCAGAAGAAGGCCUUUUAUAUUAUUACUAGCCGUUGGUGUCUUUAUGGGAUUAAUCCUCGUGCCCAAUGGCGAAGGAAUUGGCUAUUCCCUUGGUGAUGGUCCAAAAAUUUUGGCACAAAAUUUAUCUGUCCCCUUGGGACACAGGACAAGUGCCAAAAUUCCAAAAGAAGAAAAUUCAUCAGCUGUGAUAUCUUCUCAUUCAUGGGGAAUAUUUUUCACCAUUUUGGGAACUGUUUUACUUGAUUUUGAUGCCGAUGCUUGUCAAAGUCCAGCAAGGGCAUAUCUCCUAGACGUCACUGUUCCAGAGGAUCACGCUAGAGGUUUAAGUACUUUUACAAUAAUGGCUGGAUUGGGUGGUUUUAUGGGCUAUGGCUUGGGUGGAAUUAAUUGGGAUGCUACUGCAAUUGGCAUAGCAUUGGGAGGACAUUUACAUGCAACAUUUACGCUUAUUACUAUAAUUUUUAUUAUCUGUGUUUCUCUGACUAUGACGAGUUUUAAAGAAAUACCUCUUGAACUAUUAGACAGUGAUCAAGGACUAAAAAUGCAUGAACAAAAAAUGAACGAGGCACGAGAAGCAAAUGAAUGUGAAAAAAUAACAACCGAUGAAAAUGUUUCCUAUGGAACUUUAAAUGAAGAUCAAAAUAAUGGAAAAUCUGACGAAUUUGCACUUGAACCCGUUCCUCAAGUAGAAGAGGUGAAAAGACGAAUUGGCACUGUACCAAUAAUACCGGAAGUGCCACCACCACCACCACCAAAAAUUAAUUCACAGCCUGGCUUAGAGGAGGAUUUAGAGGAAAAUCAUAAAGUCUCAUUAAAGGAAUAUCUUGCUUCAAUUUUAUAUAUGCCUCAUAGUUUACGAAUGGUUUGUUUAACAAAUCUAUUUUGUUGGAUGGCUCAUGUUUGUUAUUCACUCUAUUUCACUGAUUUUGUUGGUGAAGCUGUCUAUGGUGGAGAUCCACAAGCACCAGAAGGUAGUAGGGAAAGAGAGCUAUAUGAACAUGGUGUUCGUUUUGGAUGCUGGGGAAUGUCAAUGUAUUCUUUAUCAUGUUCCUGUUAUUCGUUAAUCAUAGAGAGACUAAUACAGCGAUUUAAGGCAAGAAAGGUUUAUAUUUGCGGAUUACUGUUCUACAGUACUGGAAUGAUGUUAAUGGCAUUAACAAAACAUCCAGUUGGAGUAAUUCUUUUCUCUUGGACUGCUGGUGUUAUGUAUUCAACAUUAUUUACCAUGCCAUAUUUAUUAGUCGCACAUUAUCAUGCAUCUUCCACGUUUGCUGUUACUGCAGAAGGUGAAGCGAUACAAAGUGGUGAGGUGCGAGGAUUAGGAACGGACAUUGCAAUUGUCUCUUCUAUGGUAUUUUUGGCACAAUUUAUACUCUCAUGUGGCCUAGGAACCAUAGUAAGUGUCUCAGGAACAACCACAGCAGUAGUGGGUGUUGCAAGCACUUUGGCUGCUUGUGGAGCUUUGUCAGCCACUCAAAUUAUGUACUUAGAUCUUUAAUUUCAAAAAACAAUUUUAAAUUAAGUUUAGCAAAAAAAGAAGAUUAUGCAAAUUUUUCUAAUUCGAAUAUUGACUGAUUAUUUUUCUUUUAUUAUUAUUAUUUCAUUAUUUUUCUUUUUUUUGCGAAGAAUAUUUGUGGAAAUUGUACUAAAGUACGCCUUCAUCAAGAGAUUGUACAUUUACUUUGCACAAAUAGGUGUAUUUUGUUUGAAAACUAUUUUUUGAUAAAACAAUAAUCAAAUUAGAUAUUUUUUUAGAAAUUUAUUUUCAAAUUUGAAAAAUUGAAUCUCAUUGUUACGU